AUGGCGGAUAACAACAUUCCCGCAGAGCUUGAUCUUGAGCAGAUCCUGGCGACGUUGGCGAGCCUACCGCAGACUACAAGCCAUCCUGUGCCACCGCAGCAGCAGUUCCCUACCCCAGACCAGGUUCAGGGUCAGACAGACAGCCCUCCCGCCUCGCAUUCCCUGGCGCAAACAGGCAUCUCUCAUGGUUAUGUGCAAGCCCAGGACCCUCGUCUAACCACCCGACCCCCAGCCGCUCUCGCCAACCACCAACCCCUCCACAGAAGCCAGACCAGCACCCUCGUUAUCGACCCAGCAACAAUCACAGAAUGGAAGCACGGCCUCCGCUGCGUGAACAAAAUCGCCACGCAGAACCUCACUUUCGUCCCCGCAAUCCAAAAGCUAAUGGCAGAGCAAGCGCGCAACGUGAAAGACUGGGAAUCCGGUCGCCAGCGCCUCAUCGACGAACAAGCGAUCAAGCGCGAAAACGAGAAAACGCAUCUCGCGGUUCUCUCUCUGCCAGGCAUGGGCGAGAAGAUUGCGCCGCUGAGGACGGAUGUGGUGGAGAAGGAGGAGCUCGAGCAGUAUGGGAAGAAGGUGUACAGGGCUUGUCAGAGGAUGGUGGAGAGUCAUUCUGCAGUGUUGAAAGGGUUGGGUGUGCCUUUUUUUGGGCUGAGACCGGAGUUUUUGCGGGCGGAGGGGAGUGAGGAGGGGGAUGAUGGAGAAGAGAAGAAAAAGGUCACCAAGGAGGAGUUGCUGGAGUUACAGCGUAAGAUGUUAAAUCAUUUGAUGGAGUUGUAUGGGGAUUAG